UUUCCAACUGGAAACAUAUGCAUCUCAACUCUCAAGUGUCCCAACUCGUAAUUAAAUCAUCAACCCGAUUAAACAUAGUCAUAAGUAACCCUCAUAUCACACGAAAUUUUAACCAACUCAACUAAUUUAGAUUGGCUUAUACUUGUAUAUUCGAACAGUGUACAAGUGUAUUACGAAACUCAGACAAUGAGCUAUAGCACGGUAGCACCAAAGAAGAUACCUUCACCUUCUGACUUCUGAGUCUAACCAAUUGAAACUCCCCAAUUUUCCAUUUUCUUCCCAUCAAACAUUCAAACCAUACCCAAAACAAACAAACAAAAAAAAAAUUCACUAAAAAAACGUCUUUCUCUCUCAUCCCCUUCUUUCUCUCUCUUCUUGGGGUUGCUGCUGCUGGUGGAUUAACCGAACAAGAAGUAGCAGAAGAAGAAAGUUGGAGGUGAUGACAGGAAGAAAUAUAGACGCAUUAAUAGCAAGUUCAAAUUCCUCAGAUCAAUUGUUAAUGUUCCCUCCUAAUUUCCCUCUUGUUUCUGCUCUUCUUGCUAUUUCUCUUGCUCAAUUUCUUAAGAUCUUUACCUCUUGGUUCAAAGAAAAGAAAUGGGAUUCUAGAAGGAUGCUAAGUUCUGGCGGCAUGCCAUCAUCGCAUUCAGCAGGCGUGUCAGCUCUUGCCGUGGCAAUUGGUGUGCAAGAAGGAACAGGUGGAUCGGCAUUUGCUCUAGCUGUCGUUUUGGCUUGCGUUGUGAUGUAUGAUGCCUCUGGUGUGAGACUUCAUGCUGGUCAGCAAGCUCAAUUAUUGAAUCAAAUGGUUUGUGAGCUGCCUCCUGAACAUCCUCUUUCUAAUUGUAAACCUCUGCGAGACUCAUUGGGUCAUACUCCUCUACAGGUUGGAGCAGGUGCUAUAUUGGGCUGUGUUGUUGCUUACCUUAUGAAAUUUUACAGAUAGAUGCUCUAAAAACCGACUUCCAUUCCUAAUCCUGUGGCGACUGUAAGAGUUUGAGCAGCAUGGGCAUUUUUUACAGUUUGAUGGACAGUCAAGCUCAAGCAGCAAAACUGUCGUCAGUUUUGUUAUCCUGUUGAUCAAACACAGCUGUACGAAAUCGCAAUCCCUCCUCAACAUUUGUCAUAUAUAUAGUAGAUAGUAUUAGUGCCAUCAUAUUGAAAUUUUCCAGUUUCACCAAUUUUUUUAGGACUGCCAAUUUAGUCCAGAGUUAACCAUAUGUAUCUAUAUUUUCUGUUUUGGAUCUUGGAAAAAGUUGUAGAUAAAGAAAGUUGUUGUAUUCGAUUGUGUGCGUGCCUAGUUUUCUCUUCAAAGAAAAAAAAGCAUGGCCCAAAUUAUACUUGCAUAAUUUUCAAUUUAGAAUGUCAAUGGAGAAGAAGUUGUUUUUGUGGAUUA